UCCAGCUCUGUGCUGUCAGUGAGCUCUGAGUCUGCAGCAGAGGCACAGGCAGGAUCUGUGUCUGUUUGCCUUACCUACCGCUGCAGCACCAGACCAACCUUAACAUUAGAAGGACAUAAAAGGGCUGGCUGUCUCUGCUCGGACAGAAGAAUUUCCAGCCAACGAGAUAAAAAGGAAUUAUAUAUUCACCACAUCUGAGCUUUUUCUUCUGUUUCUCCUGUUUCCUCCUUCCUGUCCUUUGUUUUCAACCAGCGGAAGAAGAAGAUCAUCACCACAUCAAUAGCCUCAGAAACAUCGUGGGAUUAAUUUGCAAAAACCUGGCUUCUUAAUGCGAGCCACCAGGACUAGUCCUCUGCAGAUCUGCAGUGUGUGAGCGAGUGUGUGUGUGCGAGUCCCUGCCAGAUAGGGCCCCCGCCACAUUGUGUGUGCGUGCGUGAGGAGGCUAAUGCCCGCGGCAGUGUGGUCAGGGCCAGAGGAGGAUGAGUCCGGCUGUGGAGGCUCAGGCCCAGGAGGCCAUGGAUGCAGAGCAAAAGCAAAAGCAGCAGCAGCAGCAGCAGAACCAGCUGCAGCACCAACAGUGCUACAUUGAGAAGGGGGUGAUGCUUGAGCCCUUCGUGCACCAGGUGGGGGGGCACUCCUGCGUCCUGCGCUUUGGCGACCAGACCAUCUGCAAACCCCUCAUCCCCCGCGAGCAUCAGUUCUACAAAAGUCUGCCUGCUGCAAUGAGGAAGUUCACCCCACAAUACAGAGGUGUGGUGUCUGUGAGCUUCGAGGAGGAUGAAGAAGGCAACCUUUGCCUGAUCGCCUACCCUCUGCAUAGUGACCCAGCAGCAGAUCUGGAGAAUGUGGACCCCUCGGCCGACAGCGAGCCCAAGAGUAAGAUGCUCAAGUGGAGCAAAAUGAUGGCGUCCUCUCUGCUUGUGGACAGUGAGAACUAUAAAGAUGGUCGCAGCCGCCACUCACGCAAAGACAAGGACAAGAGUGUUCAUAAGGAGGAUGUGGAGCUGGAGUGGCUGCAGCAGGCCGAGGUUCUCUAUUAUCGACUGGAGCGAAGCCACAGUAAUGCUGUACCGCAACUCAAACACAACCCCUGGAGUCUCAAGUGUCACCAGCAGCACCUGCAGAGGAUGAAGGAGAACGCCAAGCACCGCAACCAAUACAAGUUCAUUUUGCUAGAGAACCUGACAUGGCGGCACACUGUGCCGUGUGUGUUGGAUCUGAAGAUGGGCACACGGCAGCACGGGGAUGAUGCCUCAGAGGAGAAGAAGGCUGUGCAGAUCCGCAAAUGUCAGCAAAGCACAUCAGCCUCAAUAGGAGUCCGUCUCUGUGGCAUGCAGGUGUACCAGUCUGACACAGCCCAGCUGAUGUUCAUGAACAAGUACCACGGCCGUAAGCUGACCCUGCCAGGCUUCAAAGAAGCUUUGCUCCAGUUCUUCCACAGUGGACGCCGCCUACGCCAUGAGCUUCUCUCUCCUGUGCUGCGGAGGCUCAGAGACAUGCAAGCUGCCCUGGAAGCCUGUGAAUCGUACCGCUUCUACUCUAGUUCACUCCUCAUCAUCUAUGAUGGAGCGCCUCACAGAAAACACACACGGCGACGCACUGAGGACGGACUUUCUGAAGAAGAGGACGACGACGAGGAUGAGGAGGUGGAAACCGAACCCCAAAUGGAGCAGGAGGAGGAAGAAGGGGAGGAGGUGGGAGAAGUAGCAGGAGCUCUGGGUUUUCCACACAGCCCCUCCACGUCUAGUGAGGGCAGCAGCAGUUGCUCCAGCAGCAGCAGCAGCAGCAGCAGUGGGGUGGGGGGCUCCGGUGUGGGUCUGACCCACUCGUACCCCCGCAGCCCCGUGGUGGAUGUGAGGAUGAUAGACUUUGCCCACACCACCUGCAGACAUUACCGGGAGGACAGCGUGGUCCACGAGGGCCAGGACAGCGGCUACAUCUUUGGUCUCCAGAACCUCAUUACCAUCAUCUCUGAGCUGGAAAACCACAGCACAGACUAGGACUAGAAACAUCAUCAGACGUCGCCGCACAAAAAACACUGAAAAAAACCCUGAACUACAGAGGAGAGACAUUAAGUUUUCUCUUCUCUUUAAAAAUGACGCUUGUCGUAGCUGACCUUUAGUCGGACCCCCCACCCCCCUGUUGCCAUUGGUGCUUCUCGAUGUUCCUGUUUUGUGAGUCCAUCUUCGGGAUAUGAAGCAGACCCGCGAGUAACAUAGAAGAGCCAUCUGUGUACAUGAUGCAGUGAUUACCUAUUGUCAUCAUUCUGUUUGAAACCUUUUAACCCAGUUCAGGAAAAAAGGUUGGCAGCAAAUAAAAGCAGUCUGAAGGCUGAGACAGUAUUUUGUGUCUGAUUCCAAAGAAAGUGUAAGCAUUUUGCACAUCCAGAACAUGCACCCAAACACAUUGAGCUGAACGCGUGUGUUUGUGUUUUGACAGACAGGACUGGAUAACAGAGCAGGAGUCGCAUGUGUAUGAGAACAGAGAGGAAGAGAUGUCUCACCUUCAAUUCUUCUCUGUUCAUUCUGCCAUCCUUCUUUCCCUGUUCAUCUUCACUCAAAGAGAAUAUAUUCAUGUAGGUAACAAAGACAGAUGAUAUAGAAUUAUUUAUUUAUUUGACAUGUUUCAUAAAAUAAACUAAAAGUUAAAAAAGGAACGUGAAUGGAGAUUACUACAUUCCAUCUUAUUAAUGUUACAAUAAUGAUAUUAAUAAAUAUUGUUAUUUGACAUGUUUGGAUACCUCUAUCUUGUAUAUGUGUUGUCCACAGUUUGUUGGAGGAGACAUUAAAGACUUUGGUUUGUGCUAAAGC